UCUUACUUCAACCUAACCCACCCACCGCCUUGACAUACCUGUCCUCCGUUUACGCUUACGCUUCUUCGCAACGCCCCUCGACGCCGUUGUCCUAUUCGCAAUCAUCUCAUCACUGCUCUUGAUAAAGUGAAGAGACACCCUCUUGGCACUGCAUCGCCACUACAUUCGUUCACGACACCUCUGCUUCUUCAACCCUACACUACUUGCCCUCUCCCUCCCCCCGCCCCUCCCCCUCCAUCAGCGCAAGCCAAGAAUGGUCGUCGCUAUCGCCAGCUUGUUCCUCACCCUCGCCUCCCUUGCCGCCGCGCAGGUCGCACCAUCCGUCGCGGUCGACCCGAGCAUCCCCCAGUCCGCGGCCACCGGGCCACUGGGCUUUGUUGUCCCACCACUCUCCGCCCUCACCUCUGGCGCUCCGCCAGGCCCGACCCAGGCCAUCACCAACACCUUUGCCUUUGGUGCCAGUCCCACCAUCUCGGGUGCCGCCCCCAUCCCCACCUUUGUCGCCGGCAAUGCCGUCGCCCAGGGCUACCCCCCUCUGGACCAGAUCCCCCCGAUCGACUCGCCCCAGGUCAAGGCAUGGGUUGCAUCAAUCAACUGGGCCCAGGUUCCCAACUUUACGCCGACGGACGGCACGUGCGGUGGCUCGCCUGCCGCCGCCGCCGACCCCACUCGUUGUUGGUGGACUUGCGGUGGCUGCACCCGUGACACCGACAUCCAGAGCUGCCCCGACAAGCUGACAUGGGGUCUUUCGUACGACGACGGACCUUCGCCCUACACUCCCCUCCUGCUCAACUACCUCAACGAGAAGAACUACAAGUCGACCUUCUUCGUCGUCGGCUCGCGUGUCGUCUCGCGCCCUGACAUGGUUGUCGCCGAGUACAUGACUGGCCACCAGAUCUCUAUCCACACCUGGUCCCACGCCUCCCUCACCAAGCUCUCCAACGAGCAGAUUGUUGCCGAGCUCGCCUGGACCAAGAAGGCCAUCAAGGACGUCAUCGGUAUCACCCCCAACACCUUCCGUCCUCCUUAUGGUGACAUUGACGACCGUGUCCGCGCCAUUGCCGCCCAGCUCGGCCUCACCCCCAUCAUGUGGACCCAGUACACUGAGAACGGCGUCCGUACCACCUUUGACACCACCGACUGGAACAUUCCCGGCGGCCAGGCUACUGGUCCCUCGGCCGUCUCCAAGUUUGAGGCCAUCCUGAACACCUAUGUGCCCAAGCUCAACACUGGGUUCAUUGUCCUCGAGCACGACCUGUACCAGUCCACUGUUGACCUCGCCGUCGGCUACUUUAUCCCCCUUGCCGAGAAGGCCAACAAGUACAAGUUUGCCUCGAUCAUCCAGUGUCUCGGUCUCCCCAACUCGGAGGCCUACAUUGAGACCUCGGCCAACGCGACCGCGACCCUCAAGCACUCCGGAACCGCCCCUGUAUUCCAGGCCACUGUUGGCACUGGCACCGCCGCUGCCCCUACCAUCACCACGGGCUCGGCUGCCACCUCGGCCGCACCAGUUUCCGCCGGUAACUCAGCCCUCCCCUCCGUCUCCAACAAGGGCAGUGGAGCGUCGCGCUUCUCGACUGCAUCGGUUGUCGUUGCCCUUGCCUUUGUUGCUGGUGCCGUUGCUUUCGCUGCCUAAGCAGGCAGUCCUUAAUAUGUGAACAUUACUCCCCCUCUUCUCAUUUUGCUCUACUCUUUUUGGACGCCGUCGCAUCGCACAACCUGCAUCGGAGCUCUUGGCCGGCUUCCCGCCCCCCACAUCCAAUACUACCCCUCCCAGACUAUCCCCUAGUCGCCUUGGCACACGUACCCUGAUGGACUCAUGCACUCGCAC